AUGCCCAAAGAGGCUCUGGCAGAAGCGGCCGCUCCGUCUGAGACACCAUGCCGGCUGCACUGGUCUGCUGCUCGCUGCAGGAAUCCACGCACAUUUUCGAGCACUCGAGAAGCCGUGGCAGAAGCGAUGAAGGUAGCCAUCAAUCAGGUAGGGUCGCCCGUUGCAAAGGCCGCCAUGGAUGGCCAGGGCCGCAAAUUUGCGGGAGCCCAGCGCCGUCAAGGUGAUGGUGGGCAUUCGCUGAGCCAGUUCAAGGCCCGGGGGACUUGGAAGCAUAGAAUGAGCAGCUGCAUCUGUGCCCCGUUCUUCAUGUACGGAGGAGUUUGGCUACUCUUCGUCCUGAACUUUCAGUGUUCAGCAACUGGAGGCAGCCGAUCCGCUUCAUUCAGAUGUUCCUCCGCAAGGUCUGGCUUGGGGAGCGCGGUGGCGAGAGGAAGCGCCGGACCCUGCACAGAGGGCACCAGCGAGCCCCAAAAAGCACCGGAAAGCACCUGGAAGAGGACAAGGUGCUACGAUGCGGCUAACAUCGUUCCGCUGCUCGCCCAGAGGAUAGCAGUUGCACGUGGGCCGGCUGCGCCGUGCCAGACGAUGUCACCUGAGGGCACGGCUCGCCCCCAAAUUAAGGAACUAAUCCCUCCGAUCGCUGCGAUCGAAGCUUUUGAGAAGGAAAUUCGGAUCUUUGCUGGCAACAACCACUCGACCCUGCCCCAGCCAUCCCCCGCCCUGCGAAGGAGGCAGAGUAGUUAG